AUGCGCGCCUGGCUCGUGCUGUGCGCGGCGCUCGUGCUCGCGCCGGGCCGGCCGCGCGCCGCCACCGCCACGCUCGCCGGGCCCGCCGCGGACGCGCGCCCCGCCCACCGCCAGCACAACGCCGCGGAACCCGCGCGCCUCGAGCACAUCAAGACCCAGAUACUCGCAAAGCUGGGGCUCACAACGCGACCGACGCCGCUGGGCGCGCCGCCACGCGACGUGGUGCGUCAGAUACUGGCGCGGGCCGCCGACACGCACACAGAGCGCCCACACGAAGAAGAGCAAAGCAUGAGGGAGAUCAUUGCGAUCGCUCAUAGAGAGAGCCUGUCUUUACGAACUAAUGCUGUUGGAUUA